CGAACCUAUCUUGCCUCAUUUGAGGCACCUUCCACUUGAAUGCCACCGGCCGGAUCGGACGAUUUGUUUCAGCAUAGCCGGUCAUUAGGUGACAACAUUCCGUUUCCUCAGGAUCCGAGUCGACCGCCACCAGAGCAUGAACCUAGCGGAAAGAAUAAGAAAAAAGGGAAAACCGGAUCCAAGGGGAAGGACAAGGUGGCCAAGGCUGCCACAAAGACGCCAUCUCCGGCUGAAGAUCUGAUCGAUCCCUCGCCGCCUCUGCAGACCGAACCGUCGUCGUGUCCAAAUCCCUCGCUCAAUCACCAUGCUGAAAACCACAUCGUGUCGCCGGUUCUAGAUGCGCUUGGCUCCCUUGCAGAGACCCCCGAUAACGACAUCGCUUAUCGUACGGGUACAUGGGCCAAGUCCAUCCCGUUUGGGAAGAGCCCGCCAACUGAUGUCACUGAUGGGGAGUUUGCCAGUGGCUCGCCACUGAGCUUUCCUACCAAUGCAGAGAGAGGUGGCUUCAGCAACCCUUCUUCGACGUCCCCGCCCCCACGGAGGAGACCAUUGAGUUAUAACACCGGAUAUCUGAGUGGCAACAGUAACGUAUCACGGCAGCAAUCUACAGACAGGCAAAAGAGCCAUUCUGUUAGCACACCCUAUAAUGGCCAGGUUCCACCUCCUCAUCUGCCACAGGCCCAUUUCUACGGCGCCCCCGAUGUGGACAUUCCCUUGUUCUCAGGCCAGAAUCGGACCUCCACAGACGGCAGCUAUUCUUUCUGCGCCUUCGACUCAAUCCCUAGCCCGUCUUACAAGACAUCGCGGAUGGGAGGCAGUGUUUUGCUAGCCGGUACCGAUAGCGCUUUAGAAGUCCUUGCUAUGGAAGAUCGCAAGACUCGCCUGAUUGGAAAACUUUCCGGUCUCAAUGGUCGGGUAAUUGGAGCAAAAGUGCUGACAGCCAACUUGUCCCAUGACCCUUUCUUGUCCACCCGACCUCACGUGGUGGUCAUACUCCAUGGACCAUGUGUCCCGAACGAUGAUGAAGGCCAUGCUUCCUCUGCUGCAUCCGAAGUGAACGAUGGUUCCUCUGUAACCGCAAAGCGGUCAAACAAAGAGGAUACCAAGUAUUACCAGACAAGGGUCGAGGUCUAUUCGCUCAGGACCGGAGAGCAUAUCACGACGCUCUUCACAACUAAGCCUGUUCCCUACCUGGAAAAUAUCCCUGGCAUGCCUACGUUCGCACCGGGGCCCGUCGGCAAUCUCAGGCUCCAUACAAGUGGUAACUUUGUGGUCCUCGCCUCAGGUGUUAGUGGGGAGGUGUACAUCUAUGGCAUCAACCCCUCGUCAGACUCUGGUGGAUAUCAGUGUUAUGGCAAAACGUGGACCACUGUUCAAACCAAAGGAGCUCGACGCUACUCCACGUCAUCGAGCUCAACUGACCCAGAUGGCUCUCGGAAUGACUCGCCCAACUCCGCGAACUCAGAGAGCCCUAUUCUUACCCUGAAGGGAAGAUGGUUGGCGAUAGUCCCACCGUCGUCGACUCAUACGUCUCCACUGCAUGGGUCUGUUCCUCCGUCCUUGAUCCAAGGAAAGGUCUUCGGACUUGAAACGCGCAGUCCCCCAUCGAGGCCGACGAUUAACUGUGCUACUGAUGUCGGUGAGGGCGAGAGUCUUUUUGACAAGGUGGCCAGGGGUGUCACACAAGAGCUCGUAAGGGGCGCUCGCUGGAUGGGUGAUCAGGGGAUGCAGGCAUGGAACAACUACUGGAACAAAGAGCAGUCGCAGAACCAAUCUGGUCGCCGCCCUGCAAAUGUGAUGGAUGGUCCUCAACAGGGCUACAAUGCCUUCCCUCCCACACAUGCUCAGGACACGCAGACUGCUUCUCCCACCGAGCCAGACCUUGUGUCCAUCAUCGACAUCAAGCGAUUGGAAGAUGGUGGCGAUAACAAGAACGCAUUUUUCAACCCAGUCGCGACAUUCCAGGUGCCAAAUGGUUGCAGCUUCCUUUCAUUCUCGCCCAACGGUCUUAUGCUCUUCACUGCAAGCAAGAAAGGUGACGUGCAAUAUGUCUGGGAUCUGUUGCAAACCAAGUACUGCCGAGCAGGGGCUUUCCUUACGGAAGACUUGACAAUUCCUUGUGCAAAUGUCCGACAGAUUGCGAGAUAUACACGAUUGACAACAUCUCGUAUCGUUGACGUGAUCUGGACGGCCCCUACAGGCGAUCGACUGGCAAUCAUUACCCGCAAGGGCACUGUGCAUGUAUUCGACAUGCCUAGAAGCGCGUUUCAAUGGCCGCCUUUCCGUCGCGCACGGCCCGUCCCUGGCAAGACAUCUGGAACCGAUUCGCCUGCAGAUGAUUUGUCUGAUCGAGCAAAUGGUCAGAAUCCCUUAUCUGCAGCCUUCAAGCUUGUCGGUGGUAGGACACAACCGAUUCUUGCUGCGGUCAGACGCACCCCAUCCACUGGCUCCGCGUUCCCAGCGGGUGGCUUCGGGAUUACAUCUGCAGCUGGAGUACGAAGUGGCAAGGCCGUCGCCGCGGGUCUCAGUAAAUCCGUGGGCGCAGCGACUGGUACAGUUAAUACCCUCCGUCACGUUGGUGAAAACCGCCUGCAUCUUCCUGGACUUGCCCGCGACCCAGUGGCAUCUCGCGUGACGUGGAUUACCCACAGAGGACAGCCAUUCUUGGGUUUAGUUGACAAUGGGGCAUUCCGGCUGUAUCGAAUCAGACGUACCUUGUCUACCAACAAGCAUCGGUCCCUCCAGUCUGUUAUUGGCGGCAGAGAGAUUGAAUACAAGUUGCCCGCCAUCCUGCAGAAUCCUUGUGGCCCGAUGCCUGUUGCAAGCGCAACCCCGGAGUCAAAUGUCCACGCGUCUUUAGCCCUACCCUCAUCAAAUCCGCAGCCAUCUUCUGUGUCAAAGGCUCAACGUCAGCCCCUUUCGCAGGCGGAGAUCGAGACGAACGUCCCUUAUCAACCCUUCCACACCGACCAAAGGGUCAACCUGUUUGUGCUCUCCCCUCAAAGCGAGGCGACUGAUUCGAUGCUGUCCGAUCCUACUGGCCAAUGGGUUUUUGGUGAUGGAAUAUCGACGACCAAGCUACAUGUGCGACCAUUCAGUGCCGGUGGGGACGAUAGUGAUGAGGACACUGUCCACGAACAUCAUCCUGGGUUUGGCGGAGACAUGGAGAACCUCAUAAGUCUGGGCAACAGUACGGGCAAUGUCGAAGAGGUUGUUAUCACUACUCGCAGGAAGAAGAAGCGCUCGUCGUUCCCAUCGACUAGCCCCGGUGCUGAUAUGGAUGAUGGCUUCUUUGAAGAUGACUGUGAGGUGCUGGACUUUGCUCGUGACAGGGUCUAGGCCAGGCAUCUCGCGAAUUCUCGUAAUAAAUCCGGAAUAUGAAUUUGCGGACAUGCUAUAAUUAUGUAUCGGUUUUGGCGUUCUGGGAUUUGGGUUAUUGUCCCAUUUGGCUCCUUGGGCAAAUACUAAACUAACUACAUCAUACAUUGUGCCAGUGGCACUGAAGGUUGACGAAAGAACGUUUUACGUUCGAUCGGGAUCCCAUAUUUUGUUUCUGCGAUUCUACCCCAGGUAUAAUAUUGCUCAUGUUACAUACCCCCAACACAAGUAUUAUAUUCAAACUGAUAGACAGAAUGAUUCCCAGUAUUGGUAUGAAUACUUGCUCUCAAUGCCAUACAGUGAUAUAGAACGACG